GUCCAGAAACAUUACCUAGUGAAAAGAUCAAGAGUGAACCUAGCGAAAUUACGCUAAUCACAAAUUAUUUAGAUUACAUCAUGAAGGGAACCUUCCAUCAUCCAGAUAACCAUAUUGUCGAAUGGCCCAAUACAGCUCUCGAUGAAAGCAAAUCAAGAAAAUUCAAAGAAGCCGUUAUAUUCAUGGGCGAGGUUAGUCCGUUGUCACAAAGAAACAAUGUGUACAAAAAUUGCAAUGAUCUUAUUCGCAUUGGCGUGCUCAUGAAAGAUUGCUUGGAUUUUGCAAUAGACAAUGAUGCAGGUUUUCAAUGUGUUGUUCCGGCAUCAAUAAAAGAGAUGUCACCCUUUGUUUAUGAAAUAGAAAUACUUCUGGAAAUGCGAAAAAUUUUUCAAAAAUCGCUCAAUAGUUUAUAUGAUAAGCUAUGCAAUCCGGUUCCACCAUCAACACAGCAAG